AUGGGGAAGUUUUUGAGAGUUUUUGGAAUGUCGUUUUUAGUUUUAUCACUUGUGGUGGUGUUUGUAGGGUUAGCUGAGGGAAGACAGUUAGAGGAGAAAAACAAUGUGGGUAAGGAGGGUUUUGUAGGAGAGGAAGAUGGUUUGGGUUAUGGGGGUGGUAAAGGAGGCGGCAUUGGGGGUGGAUACGGAGGUGGUAAAGGUGGCGGCAUUGGUGGUGGAUAUGGUGGUGGUGUUGGAGGAGGUCAUGGAGGUGGUGGUGGCUUUGGAGGCGGCCAUGGAGGUGGUGGUGUAGGAGGUGGUUAUGGAGGAGGCCAUGAAGGUGGUGUAGGAGGCGGUGUUGGUGGUGGCUCUGGAGGUGGUUAUGGAGGGGGCAAAGGUGGAGGGGUUGGAGUUGGUGUAGGAGGUGGAGUUGGUGGUGGAGUUGGUGGUGGUUACGGAGGAGGUGUUGGAGGCGGCCAUGAAGGUGGUGUUGGAGGUGGUGCAGGAGGUGGAUAUGGAUCAGGAGGCGGCAAGGGUGGAGGCAUUGGAGGUGGUGUAGGAGGUGGUCAUGGAGGUGGAGUUGGUGGUGGUUAUGGAGGAGGUAAAGGAGGAGGGGUUGGAGGUGGAGUAGGAGGCGGCCACGAAGGUGGUGCAGGAGGUGGUGCCGGUGGUGGAUACGGAUCAGGAGGAGGUAAAGGUGGAGGCAUUGGAGGUGGUGUCGGAGGUGGUCAUGGAGGUGGAGUUGGUGGUGGUUAUGGAGGAGGCAAAGGAGGAGGGGUUGGAGGUGGAGUAGGAGGCGGCCACGAAGGUGGUGUAGGAGGUGGUGCCGGUGGUGGAUACGGAUCAGGAGGAGGUAAAGGUGGAGGCGUUGGAGGUGGUGUCGGAGGUGGUCAUGGAGGUGGAGUUGGUGGUGGUUAUGGAGGAGGCAAGGGAGGAGGACUUGGAGGUGGAGUAGGAGGCGGUCAUGAAGGUGGUGUUGGUGGCGGAUACGGAGCAGGAGGAGGCAAGGGUGGAGGUGUCGGAGGUGGCUACGGAGGAAGUCAAGGAGGAGGUAUUGGUGGAGGUGUGGGAGGUGGUCACGGAGGAGGUAUUGGUGGUGGUUAUGGAGGCGGUAUUGGCGGAGGCCAUGGAGGUGGUGUCGGUGGUGGCUACGGAGGCGGUAUUGGAGGAGGUUCUGGUGGAGGUGCUGGUGGUGGCAUUGGAGGGGGUCAUGGAGGUGGCUAUGGAGGUGGAGCUGGAGGUGGCUAUGGAGGCGGUGCUGGUGGAGGCCAUGGUGGAGGAUAUGGAGGUGGUGGUUAUUAA